UAAUUAUAUGUCAAAGUGUCAAAGGUGGAAUUUGAUACUGGUUUGUUUUGCAAAGCAUAAGCAGAUGCUGGUUUUUUGACUCUUUUAGUUAUGAUUUCUUUUUGAAAUAAUUUUAGGAAAAGCUUCGUAAAAUUUUCAUUUCAUUCAAGUUGUUCUUUAAUUCGGACUUCCUUUGGGAAUUUAUGUAUAUGGCUUUCUUUCCAUUUGGAAACUGUUCCUAACUACCAAAUAGGUUCUUUUUGUUUAACUUCUGCUUCUUUAAAAGCGUUGCAUAAGCUGUUCGGACUACUAAAAGCGAUGAAUGAUGUCCCUGAAAAUGCGAACAAGGAUUGUCCCGGCUCAACAUCUACGGAUGCAGGGAAGGUGGCUUCAUGUACUGGCUGUCCGAACCAAGCGCUAUGUGCAUCUGAUGAAACAAGAAGAGUAGAUGCGGAUCUUCCGGCAAUUGCAGAUCGUUUGAAGAAUGUUAAACACAAAAUCUUGAUACUUUCUGGAAAAGGUGGUGUUGGGAAAAGUGCUGUGGCGGCUAAUUUGGCUAGAGCUUUGGCACGGAAUGAUAAAAUGCAGGUCGGACUUCUGGAUGUCGAUAUUUGUGGACCAUCGCAAGCACGAAUGCUGGGUGUUGAACAAGAAAGUGUUCAUGAGAGUGGUAAUGGUUGGUGUCCUAUUGUCGUGAAAGAUAAUCUUGUAGUAAUGAGCAUUGCAUUCUUAUUGCAAGACAAAUCUGAAGCAGUGAUUUGGCGAGGAGUGCGUAAAAAUGCUUUGGUGAAGCAGUUUUUAAAGGAUGUGGACUGGGGAAGUUUGGAUUGCUUACUGAUUGAUACACCCCCCGGGACCUCAGAUGAACAUAUCUCAACUGUUCAAUUUCUUCUGCAAGCAGGUUCUGUGGAUGGUGCUAUUGUGGUAACCACACCUCAAGAAAUAUCAUUACUUGAUGUCCGCAAAGAAAUUAAUUUCUGUCGGCGAACAAAAAUUAACGUAUUGGGAGUUGUGGAAAAUAUGUCUUCAUACAUUUGUCCAUGUUGUUCUAAUGUUUUACAACUUUUUUCCACGCACAACUGGUGGUGCGGAAGCAAUGUGCAAAGAAUUAUCUGUUCCUUUACUUGCUUCAUUACCGUUCGAUAGUCGUAUGGCUGGAUGUGUUGAUGCUGGCGAAGAUUACUUCGAGAAAUAUCACUAUUCUAUUCUAGCUAAAGAAUUUAAAAAACUUGCGCAACUUAUCUCCAAAUGAUGGUUUAGUGUAAGGGAAACACUGGAAACGCGUGAACUUUUUAUCGAAGAAGCCGUCACCGGGUAAAAGUCAGUUAGAAUAAUGAUAUAAACGAAGCAAAUUAGAGUUUUGGUUUUAGUUAUGAUAAUUUAUCUUUACAUACAGUUGUUUGUCACAUUCAAUUUACUUUUAAUUCUGGCGGUGUUGUAAAAUGUGGCAUAAAAAUUUUCACUGUUUCUUCAUUCAUUCUUUACACUAAAGCUAAACUGUGUGCAAGCGAAAUGCCUUGUUCAUUAGUUAAAUUAGAUUGGCUUUAUUUGGAUUUCGUGUGUGUACAAGCUCAAACAGAUGCAAGGAGUUUAAAAUAUGAGAAGUUGAUCUGGAUGGUUAGUACCUUCAAAGUAUUUUGGAUUACAAAGUGCA